GGAAGGAAGCAACAAAUCUAAUACCCCUAUUCUUGCUCUUUCUCUCUCUACAUCCACCUCUUCUCCAAUUCAUGGAGAGAGAAAACAAUCAUCAAGCAACAACAAAUGCUCUGAUUCAUUCUUGUUGAAUUCAGGUAGAUAUAUAUAGAUAGUUGUAUGUAUAAUAUGUAUAGAACCCUAAUUCGGUGAAUCCCCAAUAUCCAAUGCAUUGGUGUUCAAUUGAAUCGGAGUCUUCGAUUGGUUGUGAUUGCGGUGUUGUUGGAUCUGAUGGUGAGAGUUUUGGGGGUGGUGGUUCUAGAAGAGAAUCGUCGGUGUGGUUGCGGUGGUGAUUCUAGUUUUUUGGUGAGGGGUUGCAGAGGCGGCGACGACGACGAUGCAGCUUCACUUCUCACCGGGCAUGAGAAGCAUUACCAUAUCGACCAACAACAAUGGCUUUAUUGACUUGAUGAAGAUCAAGGUCGCAGCUCGCCAUAUCUCUUACCGUACUCUCUUCCACACCAUCCUCAUCCUCGCUUUUCUCUUGCCCUUUGUCUUCAUUCUCACUGCUGUUGUUACCCUCGAAGGUGUCAACAAGUGCUCCUCAUUCGAUUGUUUAGGCAGGCGGUGGGGACCAAGACUUCUCGGUAGGGUUGAUGAUUCAGGGCAGAGGUUGGUUAGAGAUUUUUACAAAAUCCUCAAUCAAGUGAGUACUGAAGAAAUCCCAGAAGACCUGAAGCUGCCGAAGUCAUUUAAUCAACUCAUUUCUGAAAUGAAAAACAAGAAGUACAAUGCGAAGGACUUUGCUUUGAUGUUAAAGGGAAUGAUGGAGAGAUCUGAGAGAGAGAUCAGGGAGUCAAAAUUCUCAGAACUAAUGAACAAGCACUUCGCUGCAAGCGCCAUUCCUAAAGGCAUCUACUGUCUUUCUCUGCGUUUGACUGAUGAGUAUUCAACUAAUGCUCACGCACGCAGACAGUUACCUGCACCUGAACUACUCCCUUUACUCUCUGACAACUUAUACUACCACUUUGUCUUGUCAACUGAUAACAUACUAGCAGCUUCAGUUGUGGUCACGUCUGCCGUCCAGUCAUCUGUAAAGCCAGAAAAGAUAGUUUUCCAUGUCAUCACUGACAAAAAAACAUAUGCGGGCAUGCACUCAUGGUUUGCUCUGAAUCCCUCUCCAGCUAUUGUUGAAGUAAAAGGAGUUCAUCAGUUUGACUGGUUAACAAGAGAGAACAUUCCAGUUCUUGAAGCUGUAGAAAAUCAUUUUGGGAUCAGGAACUACUACCAUGGGAAUCAUAUGGCUGGGGCCAACCUCAGUGAGAUUACUCCGCGGACAUUUGCUUCAAAAUUGCAGGCUAGAAGCCCAAAGUACAUUUCAUUGCUCAACCAUCUUCGCAUUUAUUUACCAGAGCUAUUUCCAAACCUUGAUAAGGUGGUGUUUUUAGAUGAUGAUAUUGUAGUUCAGCGUGACCUCUCUCCACUCUGGGAAAUUGACCUUGGUGGAAAGGUUAAUGGAGCUGUAGAAACCUGCAAAGGUGAAGACGAGUGGGUGAUGUCUAAGCGAUUCAGGAACUACUUCAAUUUUUCUCAUCCUCUCAUAGCAAAGAAUUUGAACCCUGACGAAUGUGCAUGGGCUUAUGGGAUGAACAUCUUUGAUUUACGUGCAUGGAGAAAGACAAAUAUAAGAGACACUUAUCAUACCUGGGUGAAGGAGAAUCUGAAGUCGAACUUGACAAUGUGGAAGCUGGGAACCUUACCGCCAGCAUUGAUUGCAUUUAAAGGUCAUGUUAAAGCAAUUGACCCAUCUUGGCACAUGCUUGGUUUGGGCUACCAGAACAAAACCGACAUUGAGAGUGUGGAAAAGGCUGCUGUUAUCCACUACAACGGCCAGUCAAAACCAUGGCUUCAGAUAGGCUUUGAGCAUCUCCGGCCAUUUUGGACCAAGUAUGUUAACUACUCCAAUGAUUUUGUUAGGAAUUGCCACAUCUUGGAGUAGUAUUUCACCAAGUAAAGGAGCUUAAACAGGAAAGUUUGGGACAGAAGAUGAAUGCAAUAUGGGGUUUGCACAAGUUUGUUUUGCAGCCUCUAAGUUUUGUUUAUAUCCAUCUGAGAAGAGAGCGAAAGAGAAAAUUGGCCAAAAUGGCUGUACAUUCAUGGUCCAGAUUCCCUGCUGCCCUCCCCACGUGAGGAACUAUAUCACUAUCACGGGCAUGCAAUUCAUUCUUUCAGUCUGUAAAAUAGCAAUCCAUCGUGUAUUUUUUUAUUCGGAAAAAGGACACAUUUUUUGGGCCUUCCUGAGAGGAGUCUUUGGAGUCUGCAUAUUGUUUUAGCAGCUAAUGGGGAAUACAAGUGAGGAAACAUGCCUAUGCAAACUGGUACACAGGAGGAGAGAGAAAGCGCUCAGCUCUUUUGAUGAUCCCCCGCUAGCCCCAUUAGUCUCAGAAAUGUAUUUCUUUUACGUUUUUUCAUUUUUGUUUUCAGUUCAUACUGCUUGGUCCAUUUUUUUUGGAUUUCAUAUAAUGACUUCAGUUUUAGGUAGUAGGUCUCAGAGAUUUAUCUGUUACAGGUCCCAUUGAGUUGGGGAACCAUUUUUAGGUUAUAUAUCAUUACUAUUUGUUAUGUAGGAUUCAUGAGAAACACUUAAAUUGUCAAGGAAAUUCUUUUUACCAUUUC